ACUUUUCCAGACAUGGUCUCUGCAGCGAGGAUGCUUCCUCUGACCAACAGUCCUGUAACGAGCCGAAGAGUCCUGCUGUGGAGCAGAAAGAGCCCGACUCUUCACAGGAAGAAGCAGAAUCUCCACAGGUUAAACAGGAACACGAGGAGCUGCGGAUCCGUCAGGAUGAAGGGCCGGUUCUGAAGCAGGAGGCUGAGGACGUCUUCGUGACUGUGGACUUUGAGGAACGAUAUCUGAGUGAAGCAGAUCAGGAAAACCCAGGGUCCAGCAGAGAUCCCGUCAGUGAUGGUCUMUAUGACCCAGAAACAGGGAGAAACUCUGUUAAAUGUGACUUUUGUGGGAAAUCCUUUCGGUUCAGAUCCAAAAUGAAGAGGCACUGCCGGGUUCACACGGGUGAGAAACCGUAUUCCUGUAACACCUGCGGCAAGAAGUUUGGGCGCUCGUCGGCCUUGAACGUUCAUGUAAGAACCCACACAGGUGAGAAACCCUUCUCUUGUAAAGUCUGCGGGAGGAGUUUCUCUCAGUCUGGAAAGCUGACGUUGCACACAAGGACCCACACGGCGGAGCUGCCGUUUCUCUGCGGCACGUGUGGUAAAAAGUUCCCACAGAGUAGRGACCUGACUGAGCACAUGAGCACCCACGCAGGUGAGAGGCUGUACUCCUGUAACACCUGUGGGAAGAGUUUCAGACACAGCAGCACUCUAGGUGCUCACAUCAGAGCUCACGCAGGCGACGUCUUCUUUUCCUGUGAAAUCUGUGGGAAAAGUUUCAGACAGAAGGGAAAUCUGAACGUCCACAUCAGGACCCACACCGGUGAGAAACCCUUCUCAUGUGAGCGGUGUGGGAAAAGUUUCACCCAAAGGAGUGUUCUCACUGUUCAUAUGAGGACGCACACCGGUGAGAAGCCGUUUUCCUGUGAGGUGUGUGGGAAAAGAUUCCGACAUAAGCGCACUUUGUCUCUCCACACGAGCACACACACAGGAAGUCCCUAAAUAUUUAACUGAGAUAUUGUUUGUUUGUUUUGUUGUCUUUAUUAAACAAGUACAAGUAAUAAACAGGCAUUAUUAUCYUUUGAA